AUGGAGGCGCGAAGAAAAUACUACUACCACUACAAUUCCCUUAUUAGUAUUGGCACCCUUCUCUUCUUCACAAGUACAUUUAUGCUGUGCUCAUCGUCUCAACUUGAGCCGGCCCUUGACCCGGAUUCUCCCUCCUCACCGGUACAUUUACGACUACAUGAUUAUGCACCCAGCAGAGAAGAUAUGUUCGGUCCGAAAGCCUCACAAAUUAUGACAUCGCUGUAUGAAAUAAUAGACGAAGAUGUAAUAACAACAGGUGGUUAUAGAAACGAAUCCGAUGAUGACCAAUCCAACCAGAGUACUAGCAGCGACGACGACAUUAUGCAAAGCUAUUUGAGCGAAGAAACAGAUAGCUUUGAUGAGUUAAUGGACGAAAUCAAUAGCCAUAAAAAAAAGAAAAAAAUAUCUUGCCCAUUAAGAAAAAACAUAUUAAAAAGAUCGGAUAGCUCCGAUUCCCUUAGCGAUUAUGAAAUCGAUGAUGAAGUACUUGAACAAACAGAUUACGAACAACCACAAGAAGAAGAAGAUGAUGAUGAUAUAAAUUUAUUUUCUGAUGAAUCAUUCGAAAUGAUAGAUUACCCUUGGAAAGAUAUAUUAACAAGCUCCCCAUAUGAUGCCAACCUCACGAAUGAAGAUGGCCCUUACUCACUUGAAGAACUCGUAUUAGAUGAUCCUGAACAAAAAAUGAGAUUUGGAAAUAUCAAAUUCUUUGGAAUCGAAGACUCCGACGUAUCAGAAAAAAAAAAGGGUAUCGCGCCUACUACAACCAAAAGUAACUUAGAAAAAAAUAGCAACAACUCAGAAGCAUCUAACAUAAAUGAACAUGAACAAGAAAAAAUGGAAAAAAGGAAACGAAGAACACCUAGACGGUAUAAAAAUCCAAUUGAAGGCUUUUCAGUUACAACGUCCUAUGACACCUUUUUAAAAGAAAACGGCUUGAGAGAUCAUCAUCCAUCGAAACAUCAGAAGGAUAGUGGCGAACCUUUUGUACUCGACAAAUAUAACUAUAGAGAUGUUAAGUUCAAAAACGUGAAACAUUACGUAUUGAAAAUACUCUAUGAGAACGUAAAAGGACUACAUCAAAAGGAUUAUCAAUAUUUAACGAAAAACAAACAUGAAGUCGAAGCAUUCAUCAGUAACAUUUUAAGAACUAAUUUUAUAUGCCUUACAUUUUCGCAAGAAGAUAAACUGUUUGAUGAUGCUCACACGUUGAUAGAUAAAGCCUACAUCAAAAAUCAACGGUUCGUUCCGCCUACAAAUCUAAAAUUAUAA